AUGGGAAUGGAGGGGGAGACAGACUGGAGGGAAAGGGAAACAGGGACUGGAGGACAGGAGAGGGAAGGGAAACAGGGACUGGGAGGACAGGACAUGGGAGAAGGAGGGCUACCAGGAGUGGCCAGGCCGCAGGGAAAGACCGUGAAACCAGGGACUGUGGAAACAGGGACCAGGACAGACCAGGCACUAGGAAACCCAGGACCGUGGAGACAGACCAGGGGAAGGACCAGGACCCAGGACCGGAGGCACAAUGAGGCAACCCAGGACCGUGGAGACAGACCCAGGAGGGCCACACAGCACAAUGUGGACCAGGGACAGGGAAAUAACACCCAGGACCGUGAGACAGACCCAGGAGGCAAACGGAACCGGGAGACCCAGGAAACACAGGAGACAGACGAAGGAGGCACAGGCAGCAGGAAACCUGCACAGGAACAGGAAACCACCAGUGGACCGGAGAGACAGACCAGGAGACAGGACACAGGGACAGGAAACCACCCAGGACCCAGUGAGUGGCCAGUGGAACACGCACCCAGGACCAGGCCAGACGGCCCCAGGAGGCAGGACAGACCGUGGACCGUGGAGACAGACCCAGGAGUGGCCAGGCAGCAGGAAAAACACACACCCAGGACCACCCAGGUGAGUGGAACGACCCAGGACAGAGGAACACAGGAACAGGACUGGAGAGACAAUCCAGGAGAACGAAUGGAAAAGGAAAAUAACGGACCCAGGACCGUGAGACACCAGGACCGUGGAAACCCAGACCGAGACAGACCAGGAAACAAGGACCGUGGAGACAGACCAGGAGGAAAUUCACUUCCAGGACUGAGGCCACACACAACCCAGGACCGGAGACAGACCCAGGAGGGCCAACCCAGGACCGGUGGAGACAGACCCAGGAGGCCAGGCAGCAGGAACAGCCAUGGAAACCAGGACCAUGAGACAGACCAGGAGGGCCAGGCAGGGCCAAUGUGGAAACCAGGACACGUGAGGAAUGGAGGCCUUGUGGCUGCAGGAAUGAAUCAGGAAACCCAGGACUGUGGAGACAGACCAGAGGGCCAGGCACACAGGAAACCCAGGACCGUGAGACCAGGGCGGCCAGUUCUGGGUCUAUCAGUAGUCUGCCCAGUCUGUCGAUAUUGUCUGGACACUGUUACGCGGUGA